AUGCACCACCAGGACCGCGCGCUGCUGGAGCGGGCCGACGCGCUGGCCGACAAGCUGGACGCGCUGCAUCUCAUACUCAACGUGCAGGCGAGACGGAUCAAAGAUUUGGGAUUCGAAUUCGAAAUAACCACGGAGGAAGUACCGGAGUCGGAGCCAUCUCUCGGCACCUCCAAGAAGCCGCGCCUCUCCGACCCCACCGCGAUGGUUGUCAACGAAGACUCUGCAAGUGACGGACAGACAGACAUAGACGCCUUCAAUACCUGGGCCGAAAACGCACUCAAAGAAAUCGAACAGUGUAAAAAAGAUUGCGAGGCGACGGAAUCGAGACAGAAAUCGACAGCGACUUUGGACAGGAUCGGUAAAGAACUGGAGGCGAGACGCAACAACACACACGAAUCGAACGAACAAUUCCAAAACGUAGAACGAAGCUUACAAGAAACGAGAAGUAUAUCAAACGCUUUGAACGAAAAGGACGAGUUGGUAGAACGAGCUCGUCCGUUACGAGAACAAUUGGAAGAGAUCGAGACGUGGCGCGACAAGUGGCGACAAGUGGCACCCUCUGCCAACCAACUCAUACAUUUGAGGAACAGACUACGUAGCCUUCGACAAAUGAGGCCCGCGUUAGACGAACUAGCGGCGAAAGCGAUAAUAUUACUGACCAAACCUCUCCCCGAAUCGGAUCGAAACGCCGUCGACGCUGAAUCGAAACUCGUGAAACAGCGAUACGAACAACUCUUGUCUUCCUUGAGCGAUAGAGAGGGAGAGAUCAAGCUCGCACUCGCUCGGAACACCGACGAUCCCCGAGCGAGAUUCGAUGCCUUCAGGAAUAAAAUAGCAGCGUUAGAAACGAAAAUAUUGACAGAACACGCACUCCUCGCAGAACCAAACGAGACGGAACACCAACUCGAAAGAUUAAUUCUUCUCAGGAAGGAAUUUGAUGAUUUACAGAGCACUCAUGAUGCUGUGGUCGCGGAAAGACGAAAUACAGACCACAGAGGCAGCCUCGAGCAGUUAGACUUUAGGAGUAGUGUUGAGAAUCUAGUCACCAAGUUUGGCGAUUCCAGAACCAUAUUGGACCAGAAGAUUGGAAAACUGCAAACUGGUUUAAGUCUACUUAAGCAGCUGAAGGAAGACACUCAAAGUGUUCGGAAAUGGUUGGACAGCGUGGAGAAGUUCGUUAGUGAAAACGACGUCAUUCCUGUGGGGGACGUGGAACAAUUGGACAAGUUGCUCGACGCUAGUAACAAAUAUGACGACGAAAAGAAAGAGUACGCGGAAAAACUGAAAGCAGUAGACGAAGCCAAAGCGACCAUUCUAGAAGACUGCGAGGACACACUGUCCAAGGCGGUCCAAGCCGACACCAAAGACUUGAGGAAGCGAUUCGACGAAAUCAACGAGAAAGCAUUCAAACUGAAUGAAGGAUUGCGCAGAGCGUUAGAAAAGAGCGAGGAUAUAUUUAGGAGAAUGGAUGAGAUGGAAGAAUGGUUGGGGAAGAUAGAAUCGCAGCUGCCCACUGAGGAAGAGUGUGGGAUUAGUGAUUCGGGGGAACUGUACAAGAUGAAGACUCGAUUUCAAGGGAUGAAGGACCAGUGUGAUAAUAGAACCGAUGAUUUUAGAGACCUCAACGAGACUGGUCACGAGAUCCUCGUGUCGGCGGAGCGCCGGCCCGGGGCGCUGGCGCGGCGCCUCACGCACCUCAACGCGCGCUGGACCAUAGUCACGCACGGAGUCUACGAGCGAUACAAAAUCCUAGCGGAGGCGUGGCAUGAAACGAGCGAGUUGCGCGCGUGGGUUUCACAGGAGAACGCGUGGUUGGACGGACUACACAGGAUACUGCGACGCUCUGCCACCCCCCGCACUAACCCGACCGAUGCCGAGGAUAUGUGGGCCGAGCUGGGCGAACUGGAAAGCUACGUGCAGAACCACGACUCGGCGCGCGUCGCUCGCAUCCAGGCCGUGGGCCGCCAGCUCGUCGCCGCACACAUCAUGCCGGCCUCCAUACGGGCCGACCUCGACAACAUGGCGGCCAGGACCCAACUACUGACGGCACAGGCGGAGUCCCGUCGCCAAGUGCUGGAACAGUGCGCCCGCGAGGCGGCUCAAUACGAAGUGCGCGUGGAGGAACUGCAGUCGUGGCUCACCACCGCCCUGGAGGCGGGCCCUCAUCAGCAGGCUAACGCCAGGGAACAGCUGCCGAGCCAGCUGCACCUGCUGCAGGAGCUCAGGGAACAGGCCCCCGACGGAGGCCGCCUCACGGAACAACUGGAUUUGCUGCAAGAAAAGUUUACCCAAUUGGAGAAGAGAUUGGAGUCGGCUAAGGACGAUGAACAGCCGGAGGACGAAGAAUUAGGCGAGGAAGAGAUGCAGCAGUUCCCUGUCAGUGGGAGCGAGACGGAGGAUAUCGCGGGUCGCGUCACUCGCGCCACCAAUGCCCUGCGUGAGGUGCAGCGCGCCUGUAACGUGGCGCUGCCCUCCCCCUCCCCGUCCCCGGCGCCGGCGCCAGACGCAGUGCGCGCGCAGCUCAGGGAAUGUUUGAAAUUCUACCGCACAUUGAGCGAGAUGAAGGCGGAGGUGGAGAGCGUUAUAAAGGCGGGGCGGCGCGCCACCGACGGCGGCGGGGACGGCAGUGGGGGCGGCGCCGAGCUAUCCAGGCGAGUCGACGCGCUCAAACAACUAUACAACAAGCUGGGGGCACAAGUCACCGCCGCCAAGGCGAGGCUCGAGAGCGCUUUGGUAGCGGCACGGGAACUACAAUCCGACCUGUCAUCGCUGGAGGGAUGGCUUCAAACUCUACCGCCGCAGCCGCCCCGCGCGAAACUGGAGCUGGAAAUGUCUCGCGUGUCGGCGUUGAGAGAUCGCCUCCACGACAACUACGAUCGUCUGGCGGCCGCCUGCGACACGAAGUCGCUGGAGCAGCUGCGCGCGCGCCGAGACGCCGUCGACGCGCGCUGGCAUGCCAUCCGCGCCCAGCUGGCCACCGACACCAGCGUCGGGACCAAGGAAGCUGACAACGAACACAAUGCCGACUACGAAAGAUUGACGGACACCAUCAAGCGCCGGCUCGACAGCCCCUUAAAUUCUCCCGAUACCGAACGACCGGAACUCAAAAAGUCAAAAAUCCCCCUAGCUUUACGAAGCCCCGCCCCCAUUCGUAAAGAAGUCAAAGAAGGUGGCUCCAGAAGUCGCGGCUCGUCAUUAGAAAGGGUCGUUCGGCCCGCUCCCAGCCCUCUCACUCCCACUAGCCCCGGUAUUCCUACCAGCCCCGGGUCUGAAGCUAGCACCGCCCCGGUCUCCCCGGAAGAAACCAAACCCAAGGACAGCAGCACGUUCAAUUUACUACAAGACAGUGACUUAUUUACUCAGAUAUCCGAGGAUAAAAUCGAAGCUCGCGACCAACCUGCAGAAACUAGAUUAUCGCCGAGCGAUCGAACCGUCGAUCCUUGCCAAGUAGUAGCAGUCAAAGAAGUGGAAAUAGUCCGCGGAAUCGUCAACAGUCCGGUGAAUUCCGAGGAAUUCCCGUCAGAAACUGUGCGGACUUCCUCGGGCCCCGUGGCACAGAAGGUGGAGACCGUGGAACUGCCGGAUGACAGUGAAGACGAGCCGGCGGUCACUACUUUUGUAGUGGAAGUGAGGGAAGCGGAGCGGCCUAUGAAACCCACGCGCGGAGUGCUGACGCGACGGGAGGAAAUUGCGAUUCCCGACCUUAUUCCCGGACACGAGCGUGAUUUUUCGAGCGGCACACCGCCGCCUACGCCCAUGGAAGAGGGAGAACAAUGCCCGCCGUUGCUUCGAUUGCCAGAAACGACAGAGAAGCCUCACGAGAACAUAACUCCCCCUUCAGGGUCCGAUGAAGCCAUUUACUCGGAAGUGGAAGACGCUCAGUCGAUGCCCCUGGGCGCGCCCCUGGGCUCGUCGACGCCGGCGCGCGGCGCGCAGGUGGUGGGGGUGGCCCGGAAGCAGCUCUCCUCCCCCGCGACCCCGGCGCCUUCUAUGCCGGAGGAGAAAUAUAACCGGACUGAAGACAGCGACACUGUAAGUCACCUUCUUCUGUAUCAACACACAACUCAUGCCACACUGAAUAAAGAAAAUCAAUUGAGUAACAAUGAAAGAUCGAUUGAGUAA